AUGCAGCGUGGUGGCAUGGCUGUUGAGAACCCCUACGCCAGUGUGAAUAUUCAGCUCGAGAACAGCUUCAUUAAGCGCUACCUGGGGGAGGAGCCGCCCUCGCUGACUGUCGUUGUUAAUCCGACAGAGCAGCUGAGCGGUGCCAGUAAAUCGGUGCCACUGGGUAGUUGGGAUGGUUCAAAAGUCCUGACGCGGAAGUCCAGGGCCCUGCCGUAUAACCCGUAUGGCAGCCUGAAGCUGCUGAACGGCGCUUCCUCGGCCCUGCCCUACACCAUCGAGCUAGACAAGGACCAGAAGAGUCCUGAGGUGGGCACGGACAGUGGCUGCUGCUGCUGCUGUAAGUGCUGCCCCCGCUGCCGGAAAUGCUGCUGUGUCGUCUCCUAA